CAAUUCAAUUCACCAAAUUAUAAACUGCAUAAUGUUUCAGAAUCUUUUUCUUAGAGUCCCACUAAAACUUUCACCAAUUCAGCAAGCUUUUCCAUUUUUGGAAAUUCUCUCUCAUUUCUUUCUCACCUCAUUUACCUCAAUUAUUAUCAUCAACUUCUUUUCAGAAUUGGGUGAACUAGAACCAUAGAAAAUAAUUCAGAAAGAACAACAACAGCAUAAAAUUUAGUGAGAGAACCCAAAAAAAAAAAAGGUUUAAGCUAAAGAAAUCAUCAAAAAUGGCGAGAGGAAAGAUUCAGAUUAAGAAAAUAGAGAAUCAAACUAAUAGACAAGUUACUUAUUCUAAGAGAAGAAAUGGGCUUUUUAAGAAGGCUACUGAACUUGCUGUUCUUUGUGAUGCUUCUGUUUCUAUCAUUAUGAUUUCUAGCUCUAAUAAGCUUCAUGAACAGCAUAGCCCCGGAAUCACGCCCAAGGAGGUUUAUGAUAAGUAUCAGAGGGUUAAGGAGGUUGAUCUUUGGGCCAAGCAAUAUCAGAAAAUGCAAAAAGACCUGCAGGAGCUGAAUGAGAUAAAUAGAGGGCUUCAAAAGGAUAUCAGGCGAAGGAUGGGAGAUUGUUUGGAGGACUUGGAUAUUAAUGAAUUGCGCUGUCUUGAAGAUGAGAUGGUGAAUGCUGUUAAGGUCAUUCGUGAACGCAAGACUAAGAAGAUUGACAAUAAUAUUGAUACUUCGAAGAAAAAGUGGCGAAAUUGUCAAGAAAUACACAGGAGCCUCCUCCAAGAAUUUGAUAUUCCGAAGGAGGAAUCACAGUAUGGAUUGGUUGAUAAUGGGGAGUACAAUCAUGUGCUUGGAUAUAACGAUGACUCUCGUAUACUUGCUUUGCGAUUGCAGCCGUGUCAGCCUAAUCUUCAUGCUGGUGCAGGGUCAGGAUCAUGUGUAACAACUUACACAUUGCUUUGAAGCUUUAAGUAUCACCAGUCCCAUGUUAUGAGUUCAUAACAACUUCAGAUCUAUUAGCUAGUUUGUGUUUGUACUCUGUAGUUUUUAAUGGAUCAGUAAGUCUAAUGUUUGCAGGGUAACUUAUAUGCUAUUGUGAAGCUAAAACUAAUGACAGAACUUGAGUUGUUUCGCUGUUUGAAUCAUUGUAAGAAGUUGAUGGAUACUUAUUAAGAUAUUAUCUAGAUACAGGUGAAUGUUUGUUGAUGACU